AUAUGGGCGGAGGCACGGUCGUCCUUCGAAUUAUUGUUGCACCUGUAUCAGAAAAAAUAGAUUCUUGAUCAAGUGUAUUAAAUCAAAACUGACAUAAAAUACUAUCACUCCACUCAGACACAGUGUAGUGUUACGAUAUGACCUUACACACCUUCAAAUACGACUUACAGCACUUGUAAACAAAACAUAAUGGCUAACUUUUAGUGGAAGCAGAAAAUGUCACAAGCUAGUGGGGAUCUCUUGCUUUCAUCUGAAGACAUGCCUGAAGCUGAAUCCUCUGGAACCUUGGAUCAUGUUAGUAAGAAAAAGUUCUCUUCUGGAUCUCUUGCGGGAGAUGUUACAAGGCCCAAGGUGGUGACAGUCAAACAUCCAGAGUCCAAUAAACUAAAACCUACAGCCAAAAAGAACAAGCAGCCGAUUCAGGCCGAUUUAGAUGUAUCUAAGGAAUUUAUAAGGUGUAGAGAAGAUGGUUUAAAGCGUUUAGAUUUAAGUAAAUCCAACAUAACCUUGUUACCCCCUACUGUUCGGGAUCUACAUCAUUUGUCUGAGCUCUACUUGUAUGGUAAUAAAAUUGUAUGUUUGCCAAAUGAGAUAGGCUGCUUGACCAGCCUCCAAACAUUAGCAUUAAGUGAAAAUUCUUUGACUUCUCUACCAGAUUCCCUUGAAAAUCUAAGAUCAUUGAAGGUUUUAGAUUUAAGACACAAUAAAUUGAAUGAUAUACCAGAUGUUGUAUAUAAGCUAACCUCCUUAACAACCCUGUUCUUACGAUUUAAUAGAAUAAGAUAUGUAGGAGAUGAAAUUAGAAAUUUAACUUCAUUAACAAUGUUAAGUCUCCGGGAAAACAAGAUCAGAGAAUUACCCCCAGGUAUUGGUUGCUUGAUUCAUUUGCUAACAUUUGAUGUUUCUCACAAUCAUUUGGAGCAUUUGCCAGUGGAGAUUGGACAAUGUGUGGAUUUAUCUACUUUAGAUUUACAACAUAAUGAACUAUUAGAUAUACCUGAUACCAUAGGGCAACUGCAACAACUGACAAGACUAGGUUUAAGAUACAACAGGUUAACCCAAAUCCCUCCAUCAUUGAGCAAUUGUAAACAUAUGGAUGAAUUUAAUGUUGAAGGAAAUGCAAUUUCUCAAUUACCAGAAGGACUGUUAUCGAGCUUAAGUGAACUUACUAAUAUCACUCUUUCAAGAAAUAAUUUUUCUGCUUAUCCAUCAGGAGGACCUUCGCAGUUCGUCAAUGUGGAUUCUGUCAAUUUGGAACACAACCAAAUUGACAAAAUUCCUUAUGGAAUAUUUUCAAGAGCCAAACAUUUGACAAAAUUAAAUAUGAAAGAAAAUCAACUCACUUCCUUGCCGCUUGACGUCGGAACAUGGACAAAUAUGGUUGAAUUGAAUCUAGGAACAAAUCAGUUAACCAAAUUGCCAGAUGAUAUACAGUGUCUGCAGAGUUUAGAGAUACAUGAGAAGAUGAACGAAUCUCUAUCGAAACAGUAUUUUUUAGCCGCGAUUAAUUUGGAAUACAAAAAUGAAUACGAAUUUGAAAGUGGGACCGAUUGUUUUAAUUUUAUUGAAAGAGAGUUUGGGUUAAACCCAUUUCAAGAAAAUUCUAUAGAGGUUAAUGAAGGUUAUGCAGCCACUUCCAAUAAUAAACAAAGCUUUGCUGAUUAUCAAAAUCAAAUUAAUUGUGACUGUGUCUCUACAAAUGCUAAAGAUGAUGGUGUAUCACAACAAAUAUGCAAUAAUUCUCAAUUUAAAUGUUCUGACCAAAAUGUUGAAAACAUAGAGAUUACUAAGGGUUAUAUAGGUGAUACAACCUCUAAGGAAAAGAUGUCAGAUUAUCCAAAUCAAAUUCAUCCAAUUAAAAUUGAAAAUGAUUAUAUUCCUCAAGAAAAAGAGAAUAUCUCAGAAAGUGUGUGUAAGAAAAAUAUGGCAGAUUAUUCAAAUCUAAUUCAUCCAAUUAAAAUUGAAAAUAAUUAUAACUAUGAAGAUGAGGAGAACAUAUCAGAAAGUGUGUAUAAGGAACACAUCUUAGAUUAUCCAAUUAAAAUUGAAAAUAAUUAUAUCCCUCAAUACGAAGAGAAUAUAUCAGAAAGUGUGUAUAACGAAAACAUCUUAGAUUAUCCAAUUAAAAUUGAAAAUAGUUAUAUCCCUCGAGAUAAGGACAAUAUAUCAGAAAGUGUGUAUAAUGAAAAAAUCUUGGAUUCAAUUAAAAUUGAAAAUAAUUAUAAUCCUCAAGAUAAAGAGAAUAUCUCAGGAAGUGUGUGUAAUGAAAAGAUGUUGGAUUAUCAAAAUCAAAUUCAACCAAUUAAAAUUGAAAAUAAUUCUAUCCCACAAGAUGAAGAGAAUAUAUCAGAAAGUGUGUGUAAGGAAAACAUGUCAGAUUAUCCAAAUCAAAUUCCUCCAAUUAAAAUUGAAAAUAAUUAUAUCCCUCAAGAUAAAGAGAAUAUCUCGGAAAGUGUGUCAUUACUUCAUUAUCCCAAAUCCUGGACGGAUUACUUUACAGAUUGUAAACAAAUUGAUGCAAAUAAAAUUGAAAUAAUUUUUGAGAGUUCUAAAAAUGAUCAAAUUCAAUUGAAGAAUGAUAGGCAAAUUGAAACGAAGCACAGCGAGGACAAAAGUCUUAAAUUGAACUGCAGCAAAUGUAAAAAAGAUUUCUUCUCCUAUGAAGACACCAUGGAUCACUUAAAUUCUCAUCAAGAGCAACAAGUUUGUCAAUUUUGUGGAAAAUCAUUUACUCAAAAAGAAGACUUAUUACAACAUUGUGCCUUACAUACAACAAGAGCGCCAUGUAGUAAUCAACACAAUCUAAAAGAGUCAAAAGAGCACAAGCAAUUUAAAUGUAAUAUUUGUUCACUAGAAUUUGAUAAAAAAAUGGAUCUAAAUAUUCACCUGAAAUUGACUCAUUCUACAAAAUGUCAUAUUUGUAACAAAGUGGUGAAAAACACAAAUUUCAAAAGACACUAUUUACGUCAUGAGACUCUGCAGUGCUCUAUAUGUUUUAUAAAAUUUAGUACUAUUUUUCGUGCCAGAAGACAUUGGAAAACAAUGCAUCCCAAUGCAAAAAUUAAAGCUGUCUUUCCACUUUCUAACAUGGUUUCUGAGGAAAAUAAAAUGCAUUCACAGUGUCCCAUUUGUUUAGGUCCAUAUAAAAAUGAUUCAAAUGUCAGAAAGCAUUUAAAACAAUGUCACAAUAUAUGUAUGGAUGAAGCAAAUAGUCAUAUAUGUGGUCAAAAAUGCUCUAAAGUACAUAAUAUAUGUAUAAAAUAAAUAUAAAGUCAAGUAUAUAUGAAGAAUUAUUAAAGUUGAAGAUAUACCCAGUUUAUUUUUAAUAUUAAUUAUAUAAAUACAUUUGUGCAUUUCAGUGUCCAAUUUGUUAUCUCUGUUACAAUUGUACAAAACUGGUUUUAAUAGAUUAUUAUUUAUAGCAUCAUGUCAGUGUCCAUCAUCAGGAAGUAGAUCUUCAAUGCACACUAUUUCAAAAAUUAUUAAUAAGUAUAUGAAAUUGAUUUAGAAGACUCACCACUCCAAAAACUGUUUAUUAUGUAGCUGUAAUGUAUUUUGCUCUAAAUAUGUUAUUUUAGCAAGGAGAAUAGGCAUUCAUGGUUGAAAAUAAAUAAAAAACAAACCAGACUAAAAAGCUAUUUCUGUAAUAUGUCUCUGUGAUGAAAUAUAUUUUAUUUUUG